CGCCAAAAUAUGUUUUUAGUGAAGAGAAGAAGACAGCUGGCGGAAACGGUUCAUGUUUACAUUUCAUGUUACAUUUAAAGGAAGGAUGUCCUGUAACGCCAGUGUUACUCGUCUCCAUCUGUCCUCACUAAAGCGGGCAGAGAAGGUCCCGGUCCACCUCAUGCCCUGUGAGAUUGAGCACAAUGGGCUCGCCCAGGUCUCACAGUAUUUCACCGCAACAACAAAAGAAAACAAAAAAGAAAAGACAGUGUCAUUCAGAGGACGUGGGUUAAAGGGACAGGAAAUCAGCUGUCCUCAGGGCUACACGGGUCUGGUUCUGAAGGAGGUCGACAGACACGGCUCUGACCAGGAGGACAGGACAGUGAAGGUGACCUCAGUGUUUGACAAGCUCACAUACUGGAACCUGGAAACACCUCCCACUUCAGACGACACCGUGGUGAUGGCAAUGGACUGGCCCGAGCUGGCUGAGGCAAUCCAUGGGACGGUUGAAGACUGAAGACACUUGAGGCUGAUUACAUGUGACACACGCAAAGCCCACUUAUUGCUGCUUAAUCUAAGUAGUGUUCCUGUCUCAGAGCAAUAAAAUGUUUUUUUUGUAAAUAAGAAAACCAAAACAC